AUGUCCCUUGCCCUCUCCCCUCUUCGUCGAGCGUUUCCUUCUCUAAUACGCGUUCGGGUAUCUUUCGCUGUUGCUGCUCUGCAUACCGAAACAUCGCAACUGCCAUCAGACGCGUAUUUCGACCCAUCUCGGUCUGGACAUCCUUCAACUUCAAGUACUCCCGAGUACCUCACAGAGGAGCAACGAGAGGCCAUUGACAUAGCUCUGCGUGUGGACCAAGCUGGAGAAAUAGCUGCGAAUUAUAUUUACAGGGGCCAGCAUGCUGUUCUCGGCCGGGAUCCCAAACUCGGUCCCUUGGUCCAGGAGAUGUGGGAUCAAGAGAAGAAACAUCUAGCGGUGAUGAACAAGCUCCAGGUACAGCACCAGGUCAGGCCCACUCUGCUUUGGGAGUUUGCGAAAGCUGGGGGAUAUGGGUUGGGUGUCGUCACUGCACUUAUGGGGAAGGAAGCCGCCAUGGCUUGCACCGAGGCCGUCGAGACAGUGAUAGGGGAGCAUUAUGAUGAUCAAUUAAAAGAGAUGGAGAAGGUCUCAGAGGCGCAUCCUAGCGUUCCUUUAUUGAAGGACAUCAUUCGCGAAUUCCGAGACGACGAGCUCGAACACCUGGACAUCGCAGUCGAGCACGACUCACAACGCGCGCCCGCCCAUGCAUUACUGAGUUCCGUCAUAGGCGCAGGUUGUGCCGUGGCUAUCCAACUCUGCAAGCGAUUGUAG